CACAGUCGGACAUGGGCAACGGCAUCAGUUCGCCACCGAGCCAAGUGUAGAAGUUUGCAGAUCGCAGUCAAAAGAUUUCCAACGAUAAUCAAACCCGACCACCGAUCAAACAGCAGCAGCAGCAAUGGCUUCUUUCAAGUGUCUGAUAUUCGUCUCCUUGGCCGUCCUCGGCGUGUACGCCGUCGCCGCCGAACAACCGAGUGCUCCACAACAACAACCGGCUCCAGUAGAAGCUGAUCCGGCUAGAGUGAAGAAACACGCUUUCGUCGCUGCCCCUGUCGUAGCCUACUCCGCCCCGGCCGCAUACCCGUACUCCGCUUACCCGGCUGCAUACCCGUACGCCGCUUACCCGGCUUACUCCUCGGCCUACAGUGCGUACCACUCAGCUUACCCGAGCUACUCUUACGCCUACGACGACGGCAAAUACUGGCCCGGCAAGUACGAGAAGGCUUACUACCCGGCUGUCAAGACCGCUUACCCGUACGCUUACCACUACUGAAGACAACGAUCCAGAUCCCGCAGCUACUUCUGUCCCUCUCAUCCCUUUUCUUUCCCUCUCCUCUCCCCCCCCCCCCGUAAUUAUGUUAAGUGAUGUCUAAUUCAUUUUUUUUUUUUGUGCUGAUUAUUAGUAUUUUUUUGUAAUAAAAACAAUAAUUUUUUUUUACCGUCAA